GCGGUUCCGAACGCGAAAAAUUUCAGUGUUCAUCCAUCUAGCGAUGACAAGAUUCUUCUCGUCUCCUAGUCCUACGAGAUGAACUUCUGCACCUGUCGGAUGCAAAUUUUCGGAUCAAAAUCCUCGGAUGCAAGUUGUCAUGUCGGAUCAAAAUUUCUCCUCUGUCGGUUCAGCUAGCAGGUCACGUAGAUGAAGCCAACUUGUGAUCGGAAAUUCAGAGGACGCAAAAAUCUGUCAUGCAUGAUCGACAGCAACAGUUGUCACGUCGGAUCAAAAUUGCUCUGCUGUCGGUCAAGCAAGAACUUUGAGGAAAUGGGAUUUAGUUUUCAAAUGAAGAUCAUUCCACCACUUCGGUACCAACAUGUAAUCCGGGGAGCCGCUGGUGUCAAUCUUUCUCCCAUGAUGGAAGAUCAGAAUGCACGUAGCAACCUUCGGCGCAGCUCUUCGAAUGAAAACGUAGCCGGCCUCCUCGGAGGAAUUUUCUUCUGUGAGUCUGAUCAAUCUCGUCCCAAUCUCCCAUGAUAAAUAGAUCAGACGUCUGCCAAGAAAAGGAACAAGAAAACAUCGG